AUGUCUGACGCUCAUGAGCCGCCGUAUCCUCGCCCCGAUGACCCAGAGUUCGAAAAGAAGUUCAAGACUUACGCUAUGUACCAGAUCAAGAAGCAGCAAGAACCUAGUCCCAAAACUGGCCCCUUUGGCUUCCCUCCCCUCGGGGUCCAACAUCCUCCUGCAAAAGCCGACCAAACCGACAAGAAUAGUAGUGGAGAGAGCGAGACAUCCAAAGCCACCGCUAUGACUGACGACAAGAAGCCCGGCCGAGACAGACUCGAGGAGAGACUCUGCAAGAAAAUUGACGAUUCUUUUGCGUUUCUUGAGGAGCGCCUCGACAAAGAGUUCCAACUCCUUCACCAUAUCAUGAUAGCCAGUUGGGAGGGUGCUGAGUGA